GUGGAUCUUUUGCAGCUGCUGUCUGAAAGCGCCCGAGCAGAAUGCGCACAACGUGGGCCUGCCUUUGAGAGAAGCCUGCCCUGGCCAGGAGGGGAGAGCGGAUUAAACGCGAUUUUCGCCCAGGGAGAGGCAGCGCGGCGCAGCUCUCGCUGAGGGAGCCCCGAGGGGGGAACCGGAGCGGAGCGGGACUGUCACUAGCCCAUCCAUUGCCCUGACUCCUGCCCUUGGAGGAAGCCAGUCAUGGGGGAAACGGGCAAAGAAGAGUAUAAAAUACAGUCAUUUGACAGCGAGACUCAGAAGCUGCUGAAAACAGCACUCAAAGACCCCACCAACGUGGACCUGGAGAAAGUGGCCAAUAUUAUCGUGGACCAGUCCCUCAAAGACUGUGUGUUCAGCAAGGAGGCGGGACGCAUCUGCUACACCAUCAUCCAGGCAGAGAGCAAACAAGUCGGCCAGAGCGUCUUCCGGAGGAGCCUGCUGAACCGGCUGCAGCAGGAGUACAAGGACAGGGAGGAGCUGCGCACCCGCUCGCUCCAGGCCUGGAUCUGCUACGUCACCUUCAUCUGCAACAUCUUCGACUACCUGAGGGUGAACAACAUGCCCAUGAUGGCCCUGGUGAACCCUGUUUAUGACUGUCUGUUCCGGCUGGCACAGCCCGACAGCCUGCGGAAGGAGGAAGAGGUGGACUGCCUGGUCCUGCAGCUCCACCGCAUCGGCGAGCAGCUGGAGAAGAUGAACUCCCAGAGGAUGGAUGAGCUCUUCUCCCUCCUCCGAGAUGGUUUCCUUCUGCAGGAGGGACUCACCUCCUUGUCCCAGCUCCUGCUCCUGGAGAUCAUCGAGUUCCGGGCUGCCGAGUGGAAGAUGACAGAUGCUGCCCAGAAGUACUAUUACAGUGAAGUGACAGACUAACCUCUGCACAGCAGAGGUGGAGAGGUGUCUCCAGCACUUUCACCAGCAGGCUUCAAUACCAAGUUUGAAUUUCUUUUCAUAUUCAUGUUUUUCUAGCACUUCCUGUAAAUAGGGUUUAUACCAUCUAGAGCCUCUGGGCAUGUAACUGGUUGGGCUGCAACUGGUGCUGGCCUGGCUUUGGAGGUUUGGAGAGGUGGGAAGCACAGGGCACAUUUACCCCAGCAAGUUCUUCCACUGGUUUUGUCUAAUAUUGGGCAAGGGAAGCUUCUAAGUCCAACCAGCAUUUUACUUGAGUGUUAAGGAAAGCACAAUUAAGGCUUGGGAGCAUUUUUGUUUCCCCCAGGAGCCAGCAGCACUGCAGGAGGCAGAGGGGGAACCUUUCAUAGCUCAGGUUGUUCCUGGUUUUCUGGGACACGUCACAGCAAACACGGUGGCCUCACAACAGCUCAACCAAGUGCUCUUUUUUCCCAGGUUCCUUCCAGCACACUGGCUGCACCUUCAUGCAACACAGCCUUCCCCAUGGGUCACAAGCCACCACUGGCUGCAGCAGGUCAGCUCCCUGAGCACAACCAGCUAGGAACAGGUUUUAUAAGUUUUAUACAAUAACUGUCACAUAUUUUCAGAAUUUAGUGAGUUUCAACUACACUACGUUUCUUGUAAGAACAGGAGAGGAAGAAGGGAAAUAAAACAGCCUAUUGAAGGAUUUUUUUUCUAAUAAAAUUUUUCCACUAA